AAGUCUUUUUUCAGAAGAGCCUAGCGGCCUUUUUUUAAAAAGUGCUUGAAAAAGAAAGGGACAAAGGACAACUGGAAUUAAGAGGAUUUCCAAUCUGUUCUGGUGGCUGGUCCAGAAGGAUGCUUCAGUCCCUGCUUCUCACCUGCCUCUUCAUCACAAUGAUACCUGCAUCACCAGUGGCCCUAGAUCCUUGCUCUGCUUAUAUCAGUUUGAAUGAGCCAUGGAGGAACACUGACCAUCAGUUCGAUGAGUCUCAAGGAUCCCCUCUUUGUGACAACCACGUGGAUGGGGAGUGGUACCGCUUCACGGGCAUGGCAGGGGAUGCCAUGCCCACCUUUUGCAUACCAGAAAACCACUGUGGAACCCAUGCCCCCAUCUGGCUCAAUGGCAGCCACCCUCUAGAAGGUGAUGGCAUCGUGCAACGCCAGGCCUGUGCCAGCUUCAACGGGAACUGCUGUCUCUGGAACACCACAGUGGAGGUCAAGGCUUGCCUGGGAGGCUACUAUGUGUACCGUCUGACCAAGCCCAGUGUCUGCUUUCAUGUCUACUGUGGUCAUUUUUAUGACAUCUGCGACGAGGACUGCCAUGGCACCUGCGUGGACGCCAGUGAGUGCACAUGCUCUCCAGGGACAGUGCUAGGCCCUGACAGGCAGACAUGCUUCGAUGAAAAUGAAUGUGAGCAAAACAAUGGUGGCUGCAGUGAGAUCUGUGUAAACCUGAAAAAUUCAUAUCGCUGUGAGUGUGCAGUUGGCCGUGUGCUAAGAAGUGAUGGCAAGACAUGUGAAGAUGUUGAAGGAUGUCACAGUAACAACGGUGGCUGCAGCCACCUUUGCCUCGUGUCCGGGAAGGGCUACCAGUGUGAAUGUCCCCGGGGCUUGGUGCUCUCUGAGGAUAACCAUACAUGCCAAGUCCCCGUGUUGUGCAAGUCGAAUACCAUUGAAGUGAGCAUCCCCAGGGACCUGGUUGGCGGUCUGGAGCUCUUCCUGACCAACACCUCCUGCAGAGGAGUGUCCAAUGGCACCCACGUCAACAUCCUCUUCUCCCUCAAGACGUGUGGCACGGUGGUUGAUGUGGUAAAUGACAAGAUUGUGGCAAGCAACCUUGUGACAGGCCUACCCAAGCAGACCCCAGGAAGCAGUGGGGACAUCAUCAUCCGAACCAGCAAAGUGCUGAUCCCAGUGACCUGCGAGUUUCCACGCCUGUACACUAUUUCAGAAGGGUACGUUCCCCACCUUCGAAAUACCCCCCUGGAAAUCAUGAGCCGCAGCCAUGGAAUCUUCCCAUUCACUCUGGAGAUCUUCAAGGACAAUGAGUUUGAAGAGCCCUACCGGGAAGCUUUGCCCACCCUCAAGCUUCGAGACUCCCUCUACUUUGGCAUUGAGCCUGUGGUGCACGUGAAUGGCUUAGAAAGCCUGGUAGAGAGCUGCUUUGCCACCCCCACCUCCAAGAUCGACGAGAUCCUGAAGUACUACCUCAUCCAGGAUGGUUGUGUUUCAGAUGACUCCGUGAAGCAGUACACGGCCCGGGACCACCUAGCAAAGCAUUUCCAGGUCCCGGUCUUCAAGUUUGUGGGCAAAGACCACAAGGAAGUGUUUCUGCACUGCCAGGUUCUUGUCUGUGGACGGCUGGAUGAGCAUUCCCGCUGUGCCCAGGGCUGCCACCGGCGAGUACGUCGUGAGGCAGUGGAAGGAGAGGAUACAACUGGUCCCCAGAGCCAGAUGCUGACAGGUGGCCCGAUCAGGAUCGACUGGGAGGACUAGGACCACCCCACACCUGACUCCUGGCUCUGGGUUGCCCUCCUCUUUAGAACUUCUCCCCACUGAGAACAUCAGUCAAUACCCUAGAACACGGCAUUCUUUAAACCUCAUACUGUGGGUUUAGACAGACUUCCAGAAUGGACUCAUUCUGAUUCGGGCCCCUGGACUGGGAAAAGUCACUUCACUGCUGACUGACCUGACUCACAUGGGGCUUCAUCCUCCUGACAUUGAAAGGUGCACUGUCCAUUCCAAAAG